AUGGAAAAUUCAAGCGAGGCGACCAUCAGCGCUGCAAGUAACGCUCUACUUCCGAUGAUGAGUUUGGACGAGAGGUUCACAAUAAUCAGGAGCAUCGGGCUGGAGAGCGCCGACGAGGACGAGCUCAGGGUGCUUCUGGAGAGGAAGGCCGCCCCUAUCUGCUACGUCUGGUGCGACCCCUCCCCAUGGGUACACAUCGCCCAGGGGAUCAUGAUGGUGUUCAACGUCAACAAGCUCAUCAAAGCCGGCUGCAGGGUCAAGAUCCUGAUGGCAGAUUGGUUUGCUCAUAUUCUCCGCAAAUCCGACGACCUAAGUAAGAUCCAGGCCAUCGGACGCUACAUGAUCGAGAUAUGGAAGGCGGCAGGCCUGGAUCUCGACGGGGUGGAGUUCGUGUGGCUGUCGGACGAAAUCAACGGCCCGGCCUCCGGCGAGUACUGGGCGCUUCUCAUGGACGUUGCCAGAAACAACACCUUGAGGAGGACGGUGAGGUGCUGCGGCCUCGCGGAACCGCCCAUGGAGUACCGAGAGCUUGUCAAGCCGCAUGAACGGGGCGAUGUGGUGGGCGCGAGGGUCGUCCACACCUGCAUGCAGUGUGCGGCCGUGUUGUUCCAGAAGGCGGACAUAUGGCUGCUGUCCAUGGAUCAUGAGGAGGGCCAGCCGGAUGUCGGCACGCUCACCAGAGAGUACUGCAGAGACAUGAAAGGUGAAGAUCAUGGACCUAUUAUUCUGUCCCAUCAUAAGCUCCCCAAUUUGAUUUUGGACCAUGAACAUGCUAGGAUACAAGAUCCAAUGUUUGGCAUCUUCAUGGAAGACGAGGAGCGAGAUGUACCCGUGAAAAUAAGGCACGCUCACUGUCCUGCGGAAGUUGCAGAAGGCAACCCAUGCCUGGAGUACAUCAAACAUAUUGUGCUUCCAUGGUUUGGAUGCUUUGAGGUGCCUGGCAAGGAAGAGAACUGUAGUGGCACUAGCAGGACGUUUCAGAAGAUGGAGGAGCUUAUCGCUGAUUACGAAAGCGGCACUCUGCAUCCCACCGAGGUGAAGCUGGCCCUUACAAUGGCGCUAAACAAGAUUAUGAAUACUGUGCGUCGCCACUUCACCGACGACGGUAAAGCCAGAGAUCUGAAGCAAGCUAUGAAGGUGUACCACAGUAAUCAACCAGUGUUGUUUGCAUAA